UCCAUGGUAGGAGUGUUUCCCCCUGCCCUCCUUAUCUCUCACUGUCUUACUGUCGAGACACACACUCAAUUCUGCAGCCAUCGUCUGCCUGCACAACACACAGGGUUCUCUUUGGCCUCUAAGAUCAAGACAAGAGGUCAAGCCAGUGGUAAAAUAUUUUGAACAAAGGAGAAGUUCAAGUGGGACAAAGAAGAAAAACUCAGGUGGCAAAUAUUUGCCAGUGAGUUUGUCAGAACAAAGACACUGAAAGCAACGACCAUGGGAAAUACCACCAGUAGCGCAUUAUCAAAGGAGAUCCUGGAGGAUCUAAAGCUCAGCACCAAAUUUACCGAAAACGAGAUCAGCCAGUGGUACGAGAACUUUCAGACUCAGUGCCCGACGGGACGUAUCACACCUGAAGAGUUCGAGCAGAUCUAUGCCCGCUUCUUCCCUGACAGUGACGCCAAGAGCUACGCACGACAUGUGUUCCGCUCCUUUGACACCAACGAUGACGGCACUUUGGACUUCAAGGAGUACAUCAUCGCACUGCACAUGACCUCCACUGGGAAGACGACCCGAAAACUGGAGUGGGCCUUUUCGCUGUUUGAUGUGGACAAGAACGGAUACAUCAACAAGACGGAGGUGACGGAGAUCUGCCAGGCCAUAUUUAAGCUGAUCCCAAAGGAGGAGCAGAGCAGGCUACGAGAGGAUGAGAACACACCCGAGAAGAGAGCCAACAAGCUGUGGUCUUACUUCGAAAAGAAAGACAACGAGCGACUGGCUGAAGGAGAGUUCAUCAAAGGAGUGAUUGAAAAUGAGAAUGCAAUGCGUCUUAUCCACUACGAACCAAUGAAACAAUAAAGUCAUUCCUGUUUCUUUCCCUCUCCUUUCUCUCGUUAGACUCUACCAAACAAUUUUUCUCCUCUUCCCUUCAAGCCUCAGAGGCUUCCUCCUCCGUCGUCUUCAAUCUGCUCUGUGUAAAUACUCCUCUCUGCAGUGUCUUGGUUGCAACUAAUUUUUCAGUAUGUUUCGCUCAUGUCAUGUUGUUUUGUUUAUUGAUGAAUUUGUUAUAUUAGAGGCUAAAAGAGGCAAAUGAAGAUGUAGUGUUUGAAAUGUGUGUGCAGCUUAAAAGAAGAUUUACGGUAGGCAGGUGCUAUUUGCACCCAGGUGUCCGUAGCCAACAAUGUCAUUUGCACUCAGUAUAGAACAGCUAAUGUGGUUAUUUACACUUGUACACAGGUUUAUACAUCCUACAAAUUGAAAACAAGUCAACUAAAUUUAAAGAUGAUAAGCCAGUGUUGAUUGAGACAGGAUUCAAUCCCAGUCUCCUGUGUGAAAGUCCUGUGCUCAACAAAUUCAUCGACCACAUCUAACCCCAUACGGGUCGGCCAGUCUGGUCCGUGGUCAGUGUUUACUUUUUCAAGUAACACUCGCGGUCCCAGAGAAUGAGUGACCUGACAGUGCGUUCAUAAAUUCAGUCUGAUGCUCUACACUAAAAUGAGAGCCCCGUUGGUUGAAGACACGGAGCUUUAUAUUUCUAUGUGAAUUAACGAACGAUUAAGUUAAUCGCACAUUUACUCCGCUCGGCUCUUUGAUUCUCCAAGAGUGUGGUGCUCUGGAUAACCAAACGGUAUAUUCUGACAGCAUUAUGAAUUUACAAACAGUCCAGUUUGAGUAUUUCUGAACACACCACUUGCAUCAUCUUCCGCCAUAGUCUAAAACAAGCCAACAGAACUUGCUAGCUAGUGCUAGCUAAUGUCUGUGGAGCAUUGUUUUGCCCCCAGCUAAGCCCCACCCCACCAAAAAAACUCAUACUGUUUACUAACAGUAAAAGGGUCUAUACUAAUUGUUUCAGAUCUUGGCUCGUUAACGUGACGUGUACUAGCCAAUCAAAGCACACAGUGGGAUUCAUAAUAAUUGGUCAUAGGAAUGGGUCUGAAUGGCUGAAAAGCUUCAGUGUGACUAUUCUCACCUGGGUGCAAAAACACACUCCAGAAUGUGUAUGAU